UGGCCUCCUCUUACUACCAACUUGCCUGCAUCCCUACGAUAUAUAAAUGCACUGGGUGAGGAGACGACUGACUCCAUUAGAUUCAGUGUUCCAAACAAAUGGAGGCCGGGAUUAAGGAAAUCGAUGUUUUUCUCCGGCUUUGUGCGAUGUUCUUCUACGUUUUGACAGCUUGUUUAGUAGGCUUUGCUUCUCAAUCCAAGCUUGUAUUUUUCACCGAGAAAAAAGCUACUUUCAGAAAUUUGGAUGCUCUCUUGAUUUUGGUGUAUGUGGAAUCUGGAGCUGCUUGCUACAACCUGCUGCAGCUAUGCAAGUGUAAAAUCCCUGCUUGGUCUAAACGAAACUCGAAAAUGUCUUACAUAUACGUAGCCUGGGGUUGUUUGCUUUUGGAUCAGGUAGCAGCUUACAUCACAUUUGCUGCAAACUUGGCAGCACUUGAGGGUGCAGUUCUAGCAGUAACUGGUGCAAAGGAGUUUCAAUGGAUGAAGAUUUGCAACAGAUUUACAAGAUUUUGCAACCAGAUUGGUGGGGCUUUGAUCUGUGGCUUUGUGGCAUCUCUCCUGAUGGUUGUGAUAUCCUCCAUCUCCGCCUUCAUUUUGUUUAGGCUCUAUUCGCCAAAAAGAUUCCUGCUCUUCAAGGGAACAUAAUGCUGUUUUCUUAAUAUGAUCGAAUAACUGUUGUGACUUAAGAACAUGUUUCUGAUCGAUUUUCCGAUUGUAUUUUGGGUGUUGUUUGAAUGAAUGUUUUAUGGGAUUGAUGAUGGAUUGGAUUGUAACGGGGAAAGGUUUGUGGUUUUUCUUUGCGGUGAUUUCUGUAAUGAGAUUGUAAAUGGAUGUGAUAAAGUACAUGGAAUCGUGAAAGGAUUGAUUUCAAAUCCGCUA